ACUGGGCAAAGGUAGCCUGGUGGACACAUUCACAAACAAAACCCUCACCUACACAGCUACAUCGCUUUAGGGCUUUGUAGCAGUGAUAAUGAAAGGCUUCCUGGUAAUCGUCGCCUGCUUUGUGCAUUUAUCUCACUGCGUUGACCUGAGAGGCCUGUAUGGGACCUUCACCAGCCCACAGUUCCCAAACCCCUACCCGGAUAACUCCUACCAGGUCUGGGAUAUCUCCGUCCCCGAAGGCCACAGGAUCAAGCUUUACUUCACCCACUUCAGCCUCGAGCCGUCCUACCUGUGUGAAUACGACUACAUGCAGUUUGUAGCAGAAGGCAAUGAGACCUUCAGAUUCUGUGGAGAAGGUGAGAAAGAUUAUGAGGAUGCUCCAGGGCCUACUGUGUACUAUUCAGCUGGCAACACAAUGUCAGUGAUUUUCAGAUCCGAUUAUUCGAAUGAGAAAAGAUUCACAGGAUUUCAAGCAUUUUACGCAGCAGAAGAUAUUAAUGAAUGCAAGCUUGCAGUGGAUGGAGAGCCUUACUGUGACCAUAAUUGCCACAAUUAUGUGGGUGGCUAUUACUGCACUUGUAGAUUGGGAUACCAUCUCCAUUCCAACAAAAGAACCUGUACCGUUCAGUGCAGUAACCAGGUCUUCACCGAGAGAUCUGGGGAGCUGACCAGCCCAGACUAUCCUUCAGCAUAUCCAAAGCUCUCCCAGUGCACCUACAGCAUCCGGCUGGACGAGGGCUUCAGUCUGAUACUGGAGUUCGUGGAGUCUUUCGAUGUUGAGUACCAUCCUGAUGUUUCCUGCCCGUAUGAUGUCUUAAAGAUCAGCACCAAGAAGAAAGAGUACGGCCCCUUCUGCGGAUCAUCGCUGCCCAAAAAGAUCGAAACUGGGAGCAACGAGGUGGAGGUUCUUUUCAGAACAGACGGCUCGGGAACCAACAAGGGCUGGAAGAUCAAAUACAGCAGCACAGCUACGCCCUGUCCAGACCCUGUGGUUCCUCCUCACGGAAGGAUCCUCCCUCUCCUGCCUCAGUACGUCUUCAAGGACAGCUUCACUCUGACGUGCGAGAACGGAUAUGAAUUGCUGCAGGGAUCUAAGGAGCUGCCCAGCUUCCGAGCAACCUGCAGGAAGGAUGGAACGUGGGAUCAGCCGAUGCCCAGAUGUAGCAUUGUUGACUGUGCACAGCCUGAUGAAAUCCUCAAUGGCCAAGUUUCUGCUUCCACAACAACCUUCCAGUCUGUCAUACGCUAUACCUGCAAAGAGCCGUUCUAUAAAAUGAAAGGAGAUGCAGACGGAAGGUAUACAUGUGCUUCAGAUGGCUACUGGAGAGACUCAAAGGGGAAGAGUGACCUUCCUGAAUGUGAGCCUACCUGUGGAACUCCAACAUCUGGAAAGCUCGCCCGCAUAAUUGGAGGGAACCAGGCAGUGAAGGAUGAGUUUCCUUGGCAGGUCCUCGUGAUCGUGGGCCAGGAGUUUAAAGGUGGCGCCUCCCUGAUUUCUGACAACUGGGUCCUCACAGCCGCCCACGUCCUGCAGGGCCAUGGGGAUGUGGCCAACGUGGAGCUGAAAAUGGGCAUAACUGAGCGAGCGGACAGCAACGCCGUCGUGGGUGUUCCCGAGAAAAUCUUCAUCCACGACCGUUACAAACAGGAUGGCGUGAACUACGACCAUGACAUCGCCCUGGUCAAGCUGAGCAACAGAGUGCCCAUCAGCUCCUCCGUCAUGCCAGUCUGCUUACCGCAAAGGGAGGACAGAUUUCUCGUGAAGCAGGACGACAUAGGGGUGGUGUCGGGGUGGGGGGUGUCCCGGAAAUCCGGCCGCGGCCCCGGCUCGGUCCACCUGAGGUACGUCGAGCUGCCGGUUGUGGACUUCGAGGUGUGCAAGGCGGGCUAUCGGGACCUGGGUGCGGAGAUCAAGCAUGAUUUCAUCCUGACGGAGAACAUGAUCUGCGCUGGGAUCCCCCAGGGAGGUAAGGACACCUGUCAUGGAGACAGUGGGGGGCCCUUUGCCUUUUAUGAUGAUGGGAAGAACAGCUGGUACAUUGGUGGCAUUGUGUCCUGGGGGUACGAGUGUGCAAAGGCAGGUCAGUACGGAGUGUACACCAAAGUGACCAACUACGUCUCCUGGAUCAACGAUGUCAUUUCAAGCAACCGUUGACCCAAACGCUCUGCUCACCAGCACACAAACCACAUACUGAGGAAGUGUUGCUGAGUUCAUGUCCACAAUGCAGCUAGUGCAUGCAUCUGUGACCUAAAUUUCCUUAAACUUCCUUGUAUUUCAAAAUGACAAUGAGGAUAAAAACAUUUAUACUGUACCUAUGAAUACUGUCUUUGAAAUUGUGAGUAAUAAUAUUGGAAUUUAAAGAGUGAUAUUGUACACCUUAUGUUAUUUUAAUAAGAGAUAAUACAAUAUGCUUACAUGGAUUAUAUACCAACAACUUCAGUUUAUAUGAUAAUGUCAGCUGGUGCUAAGUUAAAAGCAGAUCAUCAAAGAUACCUGUAGGACAAAUCCAUUCACUGAGACUUAGUCAGUGAGCUUUCUCCAGCAGCAAUGUGAAACAGACAUGCAUCUGUCUGUUAGAAAAUCAGAUGAAUAGGUUUGUGGCUCUGGCACAUAUAAAGUGCGCUGGCUUCAGAGGAUGUGCAGCAUUAAGUCAUUCUUUUGCCUUGCAAAUAAAUGCUCAGUUAACUAUCUGGAAUCUUGCAGAUGGUUCCUUUGGGUCGUUAAAUGCGCAGAGUGAAUGGGUCAUUUGUCUUUGUGUUGCAAACGUUUUUUUUCCUGUUGCAUGUAAAUUUGCACAAGCGAUUCCAACGUCCCACAAGGUGUUAUUCUCACAUCUCAAAUGAAAAUCAGCCGUGUCUGUUCUUCAGGUUCAGCACCGUGAUUUGCCAUAAUUUAGCCUUCAUACAUAAUGCAUUUGAUCUCAGUGCUCCCUGGCAGUUUCCUUUGAAAACAGCCAUUAAAGGUUUCACCAUUUUGACACA